CACGCUUCCCUCGCUUACAUCUCUUUUGCUUCUUUUCUACGCGCUUGCAAGCCAACAUGGAUCCUUAAAAUUUUAACAAUGUACAGUGUUAAUCGUUUUGGACCAUUAAUCCCUUAAAAUCAUUGUUGUGAUUAGCGAUGGUAAACGAAAUUAGUGGAACUGAGAGUUUCAGAAAGUGAACAAAAUAUCUACGAGAAAUAAAAGUAUUCUGCACCCGUAUUUGAACGAAUCUCGGGUAAGUAAGAGGUUAAAAAGUGACGCUUACUCUGCGUAAAUAGAGGGUUCAAAAUGAGCUCCGGUGAAGAAGAGCCAAGCCCUUCGGUUAGAAAGCGAGGUCGUCCGCCGAAAUCUGUCGAUCCGACCGAGAAGGCGAAAAAAGCCCAGGAUGAGGAUUUGGACGGCAAACAUUACGCUUGUGAUGUUUGUGAUCAGGUCUUCCUUCACAAGGCCAACUAUCUGCGCCACACGGAGAGGCAUGAGCCUCCAGGGGGUUUCGUUUGCACUCUGUGCUACCAAACAUUUACCACUGAAUGGGACCGCACAAUGCAUAAGCGCGAAGAGCAUCGGGUCUUUCGGUGCCGUGUCUGCCAGGCGGAAUUUCCUGUCGAGCUGGACUACAUUGCACACAUCCAGUCGGACCACGAAGGACGCGACUGCGAGUAUGACAUCUGCCCAACGUGUGGACAGCAGUUCAAGUCAGCUUCCCAAUUGAGAGUUCAUGUCGAUUCCAAAUGCGGAACAGAGAAGAAGCACAAAUGCAGCGAGUGCAAUUCGCUAUAUUUGACCCAAGCGUCGCUUAAUGCUCACAUGAUCAAGCAUGUGGGCGAGAAAAGUCAUCUGUGCAACUUCUGUGGGUCCAGUUUCCUAAACAAGGGACAACUCAAGGUGCACGAGAGGAUGCAUACCGGAGAGAAACCCUACAAGUGUAAUCAAUGCGACAAAGCGUUUGCCCAUAGGGAGAGUUUGAUCACUCACUCAACAACCCAUAGUGGUAUAAAACCUUACCACUGCAGCUUCUGUGGUAGCCGCUUCUCGUGUAUCGGCAACUUGCUUAAGCAUCGUCGAGCUCGACCAGAUACGUGUGGAUUGCCGCAACAUUGCUUAACAAACAAAAUUGUUCCGAGACCGAACAUCAAGACCAUGCCAAAUCUAACAGAUCGCCAGGUAUAUGGUAAAGUGAUCCAACGGAUAGGACCACCUAGAACUCGGGCUCCGAAGACUUUGGACAGCAGUGAUGACGUGAAGCCAGCGGCAUCCAAAAAACUAACUAAACGUAAAACACUGGUUGAAAAAGAUGACGAUGAUAGUGAUUCUUCGUAUGAAGCUUCAGAAGACAAAAAACCAAACAAAUCCAAGAUAAACUUAACCAAACCAAAGGUUCGGAAGACAUCGGAAUCGAAAUCUAAAUUGAUCGACAUGAAAAUGGAGAACAGUGAUGAUGACUCGAGUGACUCGAAACACGACGUUGGGAACAGUGCUGAACACCUUGAUAUGGUCGAAGUGAAAGUUGAAGAAGACGAUGACCAAGAUGGGUUCAAAGUAGUUGAAGACGUAUCACAGGAAAUUUUGUACGAAACCGUAAUCGAACCCGAAGAGCUUAUGGAAGAAAUGCACCAGGAAGACAGUUAUCAGGGGCAGAAUAGUUCCUAUGAAAUCAAACCAUCGCCGAAGCCCGUAUACGACGAGAAAGGCAUACGGCGUACAUUUACAGAGAAACCGCCGGUUAUAACGGUUAGAAGACGCCGCGGUCGGCCGAAGAGACCUCCGCCACCGCCGCAUGACCCGGAAAAAGUGGUUGUGUUAGAUCUCAAAGAGCAAAAGCGACAAAUUGAAGAGCAGCGUGCUGUCUACGAGGAAAGCAUUUCCAAAAUCCAAGAAGACUGUUAUCGUUGCAAUCACUGUCCUAUACAGUACGUCAGUCCCUAUCUGGCGGGGAAACAUCUAGAAAAAGAACACGGUAUUGUGUUGAGGGAAUUGCUUAAAACAUUACAAUACGAUAGAGAGUAUGUCCGUGAAAGGAAAUACCAAUGCCGCUACUGCGAGCGCAUGUACGCCAAUGAAAAAGCUCUAGAAAAGCACAUCAUUUUGCACGGACCGGAUGGAACUCUUUUGCACAAAUGCCAAUGUUGUGCAAGCCAUUUUGAAACCGAGGAUGAAGUUCUAUAUCAUGGAAGAAUACAACAUCCAGAACGGCUUCUAUGUGUGGAAUGCGACGUAGUAUUCCGGGAGUACGAGAGGCUCGUUAGACAUCGUAACCAAAUGCAUGUGGAAGAAAGGAUCAUCAGAAAAUAUCAUUACGUUUGUCCAGCUUGUGGAAAAAAUUUCUCCUCAAGAGCGCAAGUGUCUGACCAUGAGCGAUCGAAUUGCGGACGUAAUCCGAUAUACCAAUGUGAAGUUUGCUUAAAGAGUUUCCACACCGCUUCGUCUUUAAAGAACCAUUACACUCUGCACACCGAAGAAUUGCCUUUCGCAUGUCAGUACUGCCCCAAAGCUUACCGUACCAAAGGUCAAGUCAAGGUUCACGAACGACAGCACACAGGCGAAAAACCGUUCCAUUGCGAAUUCUGUCCGAAAUCAUUUGGUCAUCGGGAGUCCUUAUCGACACACCGGUCAUCGCAUACCGGAAUCAAGCGGUUCAUGUGUUCCGGCUGUGGGCAACGGUUCACCUGCGUGUCCAAUUUACAAGCUCAUAAGCGUUCCCAUAAAGACACGUGCGCAACGGUUCCGAAUGCGUCUCGUGUAGUUGGUCCAGAAGGUUAUCAUGAGCUGCCGGAGGGUUACGUCAUUCCAUUCCCGAAGUAUGAGCUUGCUAGUUCUGAUUAAAUUUGUAUCUAUUUAACCUUAUUUGAACAAUAAAACCUAAUUUGAGGUUAAAA